AUGGAGAGUUUAAAAAUUUUGGUAUUGGGAGAUGUAGGUGUAGGAAAAAGUUCAUUCCUGAAAUUGAUAACAGAAAGAUAUUCUGAAAUAUAUCCGAUAAAUUUUUUUGAUUAUUAUGUACAUAUAGAUGAAGAAGAGAAGAAUAAAAAAUUUAUAAGUGCAAAGGAUUUAGCAGAGAAUAAUUGUAAAAAUCAAAAUGUGCAAGCGUUAGUAGAAUCUAUGUUUUUUCAAGCUAAAAGAAAUUUUCUAGAAUUUAUUGAAAGUAAAAUGAGAGGGGAAAAUUUCUUUUUUGAAGAAAGACACAAAUAUACAUACGGUUUUGAAGUUUUCACCUUCUUGUGGCACAGAAAUAAUGAAUAUAACAAUAACAAAUUUGAAAAAUAUAUCCCUCUCAAUAUAAGAAAAACAGGAGAGUAUUUACCUGAUGUAGUUACUAUGCAUCGUUCAAAUGGAAAUACAGAAAAUACUGAUUACCAUAACGAUGCACUACUUGUGGAAUUUUUAGAAAUUGGAGGAAUUCAAACCUAUUCAUGUACGAGAAAUAUUUUUUAUGAAAAGCACGAUGGAAUUCUGCUAGUUUAUGAUUCAUCAAAUAACAAGUCUUAUCACAAUUUGGUCAAAUGGCUGUAUGAAUUAUAUGAACAUACAAACCCACCAUCAGAUGUAUUUUGUUCUGCCAAACGAGGUCGAAAUAAAUUCUGGAACUUUUUCAAUAGUCAUGAAACCAAUAAGAAGUUGCUGGUAGAAGAACCAAGAGUAGGGAUAAAAAAGAAUUACUAUGAUUUGAGAGAUCAUGUGGGCAAUUAUCCAAAUUUUGAAAAAAAAAACAAAAAAAAAAAAAAAAACAAUAAUCCUAAUUGUGCGCUUGGUGGAGAGUAUUACACGAAUGGUUGCGUUAAUCUGCAUUGUGAGAAAUACAGUAAUGGUUAUGUUGAUUGGUGUGAAAAUGAUCGUGAUGAUGACCCAUUUGGUUCAGAGGACAAUUCGGAUAGCAAUUCAGACAUCGAAAAGGGACAUGUCAAAAAGAGAGGAACCAAAAAGGGUGAUAAAAUUUUAAAAGGAGAAAUACCCGUAGCAUUGCUAGCCACGAAGAUUGACAAAAAGAAUGCGAAAGAAAAACCAGCUUUUGUAAAAACCCCUGAAAAUUCUAUUUUUUACCGAUUUUUUUUUCCAGACUUUUCAGGAAAUGCAAAUGAAUCUGCUUACGGAAGUAAAAAUAAUUUAAAAAAAAAAAAAGAAAUAUUAAAAAAACUGGAAAAUCAUAUAAGUCAGGCAACGGAAAUUAAAGCAAGUUCUAUUGAUUGUGUUGUUGACAUUGAGAAAUUUAUAUAUUUUCUCAGACUAGUUUAUGAUAAAAAGUACAACACUCAUCAUGGUUAA